AAAACGUUCAUUGGACAAUUCAAGCUGCAUAUAAAAUAGAAAAAACCGCUUAUUACAAAUUGAGAAAUAUUUUGAGAUGAACAUACGUAUUGUUGUGUAAAAAAAGCAAGCAACACUGAACCCUUUACACGUAAUUAAACGUACAGCGUUUGCUCAAGUUUAAUUUUACUUUAAACAAUAAAUAGAAAUAAUUAAAGAGAGAUAUCAUAAAAAAAAAGAUAACUAUGGCCGCACAAGUUAUGUGUUUAACAUCGUCGGGAGGAAUUCCAUUGUUUUCUCGUCAAAAGGGAGAUAAAGAAAUGAUAACUUUUUCUAAAAUGGCAUCUCUAAAUGGCGUCCAUAUGUUUCUUAAAACGCAAAAUAUGAAGCUGCUAAAUACAGAUCUACCAGAUACAGCUAUAGUUUGGAAAGAAUAUGAACAAAGUAUUAUAUUAAUCAUUAUUGCAAAUGGUGCAACAAAAUAUACCUUAAAUAAAUUUCUUGAUGUUGCCUUUGGUGCGAUGGUCUUAUUCGUUGGUAUAGAUGAAAUAAAAAAUGCCAAAAAUAUAGAACGUUUAAAAAAAGAUUUGCGCGGAUGUAAUCCGAUUAUAGAUAGGCUUUUAGAGUGUUUAGAUAUCGGAGAUCGAAUUUGUACCAAAACAGAUAUUAUUAAUAUGACGGAGUGUAUAAUUUUAUACGAGAAUCAUCUGUUACAGACUUAUUUAGAGGGAUACAUGGAAUGUUUAGAUUCAAUGUACGGAUGCGUUCUGGUACAUGGUUGUUUAGCAGUAGCUACCAAUGGAUGGUGGUCCUUAGAUCCUAUAGAAAGAAAAUUGUUAAUAAUGACAAUAGCCACUGAAACUAACUACACGGCGCGUGAUUUACCUAUCUUUUUACCUUAUAAAAGUCCUAACAUAGCUUUUAGAUUAGUAUCCAUUACUUUAAUAAAUCAUGUAGAAGUAGUCUCUUUAUGUGGACCAAACCCAGAGUUAUCAGAGAUCGAAAGAUAUGCUGUGCAAUGUUGGAAAACAAGUAUGGAUAUUUUACGUAAUUCUGAGCAGUGUUAUCUUAGAAACGUACCCGCAGCACUCUCCUUGGAUAUUAACGCAUUAGGAUUCUUAUUAGCAAACUGUAAGGUGGACAAAUUUGUGCUUAGUAGAAAUGCGCAAAGCACAAAAAAUCGUGUCACAGGAACACACAGGUUAGAUAUUUUGAGAACAUUUUAUCAUCAGGCAAUAGAAAUAUUUAUGCUUUCAUCUGAAUGCGAAGAAGGUAACAUAGAGAUGAACUUGGAAAGUAAGUGGAAAUUUGUGGGUGCCAAGGAAACAUACCUAUGUUCGGAAUAUCAUAAAUGUCACGCUCUAAAAUAUGAAGAUCACAUACUCUGCGUCCUAUAUGCAUCUGUAGUACCUACUCACACUAUGAGAUUGAUUACUGAAAAAAUUUUGAAAGUGUUAUUAAUCGAUAAACAAAUCUGUUGGUAAACAUUGCAAGAUUAAAAUAUAAACAAAUAAGAUAUGUAUUGCAGUAUCAUUCGUAUGGAAGCUGCCAAAAAAUAUAAGAGAAAAUAAAUACCGUAUAGUGCA